UUCAGUUCACUUCUUUACUCCAUCCCCGUGGACGAACACUCCCGAUUUAUUGCAUCGCUCUCUCCCUUUUUGGAUUACUUGGACAGCUGGUCGGCGAUGGUGACGAUUUCUGGCCAACUGUGAGAGAUCCCCGCUGGUUUUUCAUUUUUAUUGAUGGUGUUGGUAGUUGCUGAUAGAAACCUUACUUCCAUCCGAUAAAAUAAAAAUGACGAACACUCAUACUCCAGUUCCACAAACACCUGUGCCAAAAUGCAAGAAAAGAAUUUGCUGUUCGGGGAAAAAGCUAAUUUCUUACUCCUGCAAAGUCUGGUGCAUGGUUACUAUCUGUGUGAUCCUCGUAGCAGCAGCUGCGGUUCUCCUGUAUUUCCUUCUCAACAAGAGCAAUAGUGGCAGACCUGAGAAUAUCUUGUCACUUUCUAAAAAGACAGAUUGGUUCCCUGAAUGCCCAUCUGAACUGAUCAAACUUGAAGAACGUUUCGACUGCUAUCCGGAUGAUCCAUCUGUGACAAGAUCUUCUUGUGAAGCUAGAGGCUGCUGUUACCUAGAAAAGUCGGAUCUGGUGGAAGAUAUAGAAGGCAAUAUGACGACUUCUGAGGAGAAAAUGCCUAGUUGUGUUUACCCAAAGAAUUAUGGAUACGUUUCGGAAGGCAAGACAACACCCAUUUUCAACGGAUUUGUCUUGCCACUUCAGCGGGUGCCGGCGCCAUCCAGAUAUGGUGACGAUAUACAAGUGGUUCACAUGAAAGUUGAAAUGCAGACCAAGUAUCGUCUUAGGAUCAAGUUUUAUGAUCCUGAAAAUUACCGUUUUGAAGUUCCUGUACCUAAAAUACAAACACAUUCUUCUACUAAAGAUCCAGGACAGAAUGGUCGAGAAGUAUAUUUAUAUUCAGUGGCUUAUGAUGUUCAUAGUAAAGUUUCUUCAAUUAAAGUUAGAAGGUCUAGUUCUGAUGCAGUUAUAUUUGAUACAUCAGUUGGAGCACUUUUGUUUGCUAACCAGUUUCUUGAGCUGACAACAAAAUUAGCUUCAUUAAAUGUUUUUGGAUUCGGACAACAUGGAAAGAAUACAUUUAAUCUGGAGUCAAUUACCAUGUUUUCAUCUAAGUCAAAGGAUGGCACCUCUUCUAGUGUCCAUCCCAUGUACCUUUGCUUGGAAAAUGAUGGUAAUGCAUAUGGAGUAUUGCUGCUCAAUAGUAAUGCUUUGGAAAUCCAGUUUCAUCCAUUGCCUGCUGUUACCUUUCGUACAAUUGGUGGUGUAUUGGAUUUUUAUAUAUUUUUGGGACCAUCUCCAGAAGAAGUUAUUCAGCAAUAUACAGAGGCUAUAGGUCGUCCAUCUAUACCACCUUAUUGGUCUUUAGGUCUUCAUGUGGGUCAACUUCCUCAUCAAUCCAUAGAUGAGACAGAAAAGUUACUAAAUGAGUUGAAAACAAAACAUAUUCCCUGGGAGUCUCUUAUUUUAAAUGACAAUAUUGUUUUGAAGAUUCCAUCAGGAAACAAAGAAAAACUUUCAAACCUGACUUCUAUUCUGAAGAAUAAAAAUCAAAAACUAAUUUUCCAACUUUCAGCCAGUAUUCCAAAAGAUGUUGUUCUAAAUAGAGAUUCUGUCUUUAAUUCAGCCUUGGUAAAAGAUGUUUUUAUCUGUGAUAAAUGGGGAUGGAAUCCUGUUGAAGGAAAGUAUUAUGGAAAAACUGUUGUGUAUCCUGAUUUUGGAAGUUUUGAAAGUGCUAGAUGGUGGUCCAAAGUUAUCAAGAAGAUGUCAUCUUCUUUACACUUUGAUGGCUUAUGGCUUAUAAAUAAUGAACCUACAUCUAAAGCUGAUGGUUCUAUCAGUGGUUGCUUAAGUGAUAAUCUUAACAGUCCUCCAUAUGUACCUGGAAUAUCUGGUGAUACUCUUUACCAUCAAACACUAUGCAUGGAUGCUUUGCUUCACUGGAAAUCAGAUGUCAUGUCUCAUUAUGAUUCACAUAACUUAUAUGGUCAUUUGAUGUCUAUAACUACUGAGCAAGCAUUGACUUCAAAUUUUCCUUCCGAAAGAAAAUGGAUAUUGAGUGAUUCCACUUUUGUUGGAACAGGGCAGUUUGCAGGACAUUAUUUAAAAAUUCCUCACAAUAGCUGGGAAGGGAUACUUGAUUCUAUAUCUACUGUGCUAGAAUUGGGAAUGCAUGGAAUUCCUUUGACAGGUACAAGUGUAUGUGAAGAACCAUCUGAUGGUGAUGAAAGAAAUGAAGAGUUGUGUUUAAGGUGGCUACAAUGUGCUGUAUUUUUCCCUCUCCUUCAACUACAUAAUGGUGCUGUUGAUUAUUUAUUUAAAUUAGGGUAUGAAAAUAAAGAAGUUUUUCAUGUGAUUCGCAAUGCCCUAUCGAGGAGAUAUGAGUUGUUACCUCAACUUUACACACUUCUUUACCUGGCACACACUAAAGGCUCAACUGUUGUGCGACCACUUUUCCACAAUUUUCCAAAUGACAAUGAAACCUAUCCCAUUAAUUCACAAUUUAUGUGGGGCUCAUCUCUUUUAAUAUCACCAAUUCUAGAGGAGAAUUCCAGGAAAUUAAAUUUCUACCUGCCACAAGGUAUUUGGUUUGAUUUUUAUCAGGGAAAUCCUAUUUAUAGCUCUGGUGAAUGGUUUACAGAAACUAGUGGACCCUUUGCUGAUAAUAAACAGCCUGCAGUUCUGCAUAUAAAAGCUGGUCAUGUUAUAACCUUGCAGAAACCUGCUGAAACUACUACAAUAAGUCGUCAGAAUUCUAUGAGUAUUUUGGUGGCUUUGAAUUCUUCUUUGGCAGCCAAUGGAGUACUUUAUUGGGAUGAUGGUGAAACUAAAAAUGCACACGAACUUGGUGAAUAUCUUUUGGUUGAAUAUUCUGCUAAAGGAAACUCCUUGAAUGUAACUGGUCAUUUUGGAAAGAAGGUUUUGAAAUCCAGUUUUUACAAGGCUGCUAUUGAACAGGUCCGUAUUAUGGGCUUGCAUAAACCACCCAAAAGAAUUAUUAUUGAUAAGAGCUACAUCCUUUCUAAUAAACAAUAUCAUUGGAAUUAUGAUACAAUGGUUCUUGAUUUGAAGCUGAUCCUCAUACCUUUGGGAAGAAAGACUGAAUUGCAAUGGUUCUUUUAAAAUGUCUGUAUGUUUGCAUGAAUGUUUAUAUCGUAUACAAAACCUGCUGGCAGGAGUUUGUAUUUUUUUGACUGUGGUAUUUUGUUCCUGUUGCAUUAUGUAUAUAUUCAGCCACUUGAGAAAUAAGUUUCAUGCUACUGAAAAAUAUUUUUUUAUUAUGAUUUGUUUGGGUGCUAUUUAUGAAUACAUUGUUGGAUGCUGCACAUAAGUUGUAUUUUUCUGUGUGCCAAAAAUUGUUCAAUGCUUGGCCUUUAUGUAAAUAUUACUUUUUGCAAUUAAAUUUUCUAAGAGGUGGUGAA